GAUGAUGUGGUGAAGGCACCGCAGAAACCACUACCGAGAAAUGACACAGGUAAUAUACCAAGGCAGAAACCACUACCGAGUAAUGACACAGGUAAUAUACCAAGGCAGAAACCACUACCGAGAAAUGACACAGGUAAUAUACCAAGGCAGAAACCACUACCGAGAAAUGACACAGGUAAUAUACCAAGGCAGAAACCACUACCGAGAAAUGACACAGGUAAUAUACCAAGGCAGAAACCACUACCGAGAAAUGACACAGGUAAUAUACCAAGGCAGAAACCACUACCGAGAAAUGACACAGGUAAUAUACCAAGGCAGAAACCACUACCGAGUAAUGACACAGGUAAUAUACCAAGGCAGAAACCACUACCGAGAAAUGACACAGGUAAUAUACCAAGGCAGAAACCACUACCGAGAAAUGACACAGGUAAUAUACCAAGGCAGAAACCACUACCGAGAAAUGACACAGGUAAUAUACCAAGGCAGAAACCACUACAGAGUAAUGACACAGGUAAUAUACCAAGGCAGAAACCACUACCGAGAAAUGACACAGGUAAUAUACCAAGGCAGAAACCACUACCGAGUAAUGACACAGGUAAUAUACCAAGGCAGAAACCACUAGCGAUAAAUGACACAGGUAAUAUACCAAGGCAGAAACACUACUACAAGGCAAUACUACCACAGGUAAUAUACCAAGGCAGAAACCACUAAUGGAAACACAGGUAAUAUACCAAGGCAGAAACCACUACCGAGAAAUGACACAGGUAAUAUACCAAGGCAGAAACCACUACCGAGAAAUGACACAGGUAAUAUACCAAGGCAGAAACCACUACCGAGAAAUGACACAGGUAAUAUACCAAGGCAGAAACCACUACCGAGAAAUGACACAGGUAAUAUACCAAGGCAGAAACCACUACCGAGUAAUGACACAGGUAAUAUACCAAGGCAGAAGCCACUACCGAGUAAUGACACAGGUAAUAUACCAAGGCAGAAGCCACUACCGAGAAAGGACACAGGUAAUAUACCAAGGCAGAAACCACUACCGAGAAAUGACACAGGUAAUAUACCAAGGCAGAAACCACUACCGAGAAAUGACACAGGUAAUAUACCAAGGCAGAAAUCACUACCGAGAAAUGACACAGGUAAUAUACCAAGGCAGAAACCACUACCGAGAAAUGACACAGGUAAUAUACCAAGGCAGAAACCACUACCGAGAAAUGACACAGGUAAUAUACCAAGGCAGAAACCACUACAGAGUAAUGACACAGGUAAUAUACCAAGGCAGAAACCACUACCGAGAAAUGACACAGGUAAUAUACCAAGGCAGAAACCACUACCGAGUAAUGACACAGGUAAUAUACCAAGGCAGAAACCACUAGCGAUAAAUGACACAGGUAAUAUACCAAGGCAGAAACCACUAGCGAGAAAUGACACAGGUUAUAUACCAAGGCAGAAACAACUACCGAGUAAUGACACAGGUAAUAUACCAAGGCAGAAACCACUACCGAGAAAGGAAACAGGUAAUAUACCAAGGCAGAAACCACUACCGAGUAAUGACACAGGUAAUAUACCAAGGCAGAAACCACUAGCGAUAAAUGACACAGGUAAUAUACCAAGGCAGAAACAACUACCGAGUAAUGACACAGGUAAUAUACCAAGGCAGAAACAACUACCGAGAAAGGACACAGGUAAUAUACCGAGGCAGAAACCACUACCGAGAAAGGACACAG